CGGGCCGCGGGGGGCGGGCAGGGGGCGUCGCCGGGGCCCCGCCGUCCGCCGCGGCUGCGGCCGCCGCGCCCAUGGCCCAGCGGGCGCGCAGGGGGCAGGGGCAGGACGACGAGGAGGGAGCCGAGGAGGAGGAGGCGGCGAGGGGCAGCCAGGCCCGGGCCAGGAGCCAUGCGGAGCCCGCGGCCAGCGGCGGCCGGACCCAGGACCGGCAUGAGAGGAAGCGGAAGAGGCAGGAGGCGCAGCAGCUCCAGAAGAUCCAGCACCUGGAGUCUUUCUAUGAGAAACCUCCCCCUGGGCUAAUUAAGGAGAAUGAAACAAAACCAGAAGACUGCAUACCUGAUGUACCAGGCAAUGAAAGCGCACGAGAAUUCCUGGCACAUGCCCCAACAAAGGGGCUUUGGAUGCCUUUGGGAAAAGAAGUCAAAGUUAUGCAGUGUUGGAGAUGUAAACGUUAUGGACACAGAACAGGAGAUAAGGAAUGCCCAUUCUUUAUUAAAGGCAAUCAGAAAUUGGAACAAUUUAGAGUAGCACAUGAAGAUCCAAUGUAUGAUAUAAUAAGGGAAAAUAAGCGUCAUGAAAAAGAAAAGAGGAUACAGCAACUGAAGCAGCUCCUGGAGGAUUCCACCUCAGAAUCUGAUAGCAGUGAUGACAGUGAUGAGGAUGAUGAAGAUGGCAGUAGCUCAACUUCCUCAGAACAUAAACACAAGAAGAAAAAGAGAAAAAAGGAAAAGAAAAAGAAAGAAAAGAAGAAGAAGAAAAAGAGGAAGCAUAAGUCAUCCAAAUCUAAUAACAAGUCAGAAUCCGACUGACAGCAGUCACCUGCUGCGUGCUCAUUGACCUCUUUACUUGUGAACUGCAAGGAAAGAUCCAAAGAAUGAGGAGGAAAACACCAGAAAGGGCUUUAUUGAACUUGGAACAUACAUGUGUAUGCAUACAGCAUCCUACACUGGCAUCCUCUUCUGCCCCUCUGCAGUCAGAAAGAAGAAAGCUGCAUUGAACCAUAUCUUUGUGCUGUAAACGCAUGCUGAGACUCAUCCAGCUUGGUCAGAUGGGGCCUCUGCAUUGCUGCCCAUGACCAGCAGCAGAAAGUGGCGACCCCAAGGGAUCACCGACAAACCUGCAGCAUUAGCAGACUGUCUGUUGAAAUGUCUUUACUCCAUGAAGUUAUUUUAUUAUCCACAAAGCCUCAUUGUAACAGGACUGCAGUUUGCACCAUGCAGAGCACUGAGAGUUCCCUUACAGUGCUUAUAACGAGCAGGUUGUACUGUAUUUUCUUCUCUGCAUAUGUGCUGAAAUUCUGUACUUAUCCUAAUAUUGGCAGCUAGGGAAAUAAAGAUUGCUGCAGGGGAAAAAAGGUAAUCAAGGGGAUUUACUUUAAGACAAAAUUGCAGCAUCAGCAAGACUUGAUUUUUUUGUGUGUGUCUGUGUAACGAAAUCUCAGUAUCACCAUCAUUAAUACACAGUUCUGAAAAAUCUACAGUGAAAUAUCUACAGUGUCUAAACCAUAGAAGUGGGAGCCAAGUGUAAUGAUGUUAGAUAUUCAACUUAACUGUAAAGAGGUAGUGGGUUUAGUUAUUUAAAAUUCACAUAACAAAAAGAUUAAUUUCUGCAUAUUCUUUAAUAUCAGUUGUUUCGAUACAAGUUGAGGCAGGUUUCCUUUUUAAAAGGCUUGGGGGUAAUAAAUUCCCACUUACUGUUUAUGUUUACUAGAUUUGAUGAGGUAACAUUUUUUUGAAUCAUCCCACAAGAAUAUAAGUGUGUAAGGCUCUCAAAAUAGUUUUCAACUAUGUGCUUGAAGCCACAGAGCAAUAGUAAAGAACUUGUAAGCAGGGAGAAAGUUCUGUGUACUUAGGAGACCUUACAUACUGACCACACUUUUAAAUAAUCUUGCAGACUGAACCAGGAAGAUGGAGAGAGCUAUAAACAGCAUUACAGUUACCAACUGUCUUUGAAACCUCAAGCUAUAUUAUUACAGAGCUGUGACUUGAGGAACUAGGUGAUGGAUAUUGCUACUGUGCAAAAGGAAGGAGAAAACUAGAUUUGCUUUGAAAGAACUUCUAUGAAAUUUAGUCUCUGUGAGUAUGCCAAGAUUGAAAAAAAAAACCUCCACAUGAUAAAGCUCUAAUACAGUGGAGUGAACAUUAACAGUGAAGUCAAGGAACCAUAAACUAAAAUGCAUAUAUUAUUUAAUUUUCUUCAAAGCUUUGGGAGAGAGGACAAGGGAAAGUAUAAAUUAAAAUUAUUUUUCUCCCUCC